AUGGCAGAUAUCCUCUUCGGUGAUGAUGCGGAAGAGAAUAUCACUCCGGCUACUAGUUCAACCGAGCAGGGUGGAGACGUUUCGGAAAUCACAUCUGCCAUUCUAGCCCGGGCAAAGGUUCACCAGUCCCAGGCAUCAGGCCCGAGGCUUCACAACACCGUUCGCACUGCAGCAUCAAUAAGCAACCCGUCUACUUCCCGCCCAGAUUAUAAAUUUCAGAAUCUCAACAAGGCCCAGAAGGUGGUGGCUGAGCGAAAAAAGAAGACGGAAGAGGCUAAGCUUACUGAGGUUGGAAUACGACUUGCCGCUACCCUUUGGAUACUCGAUAAUUCGUCAAACUUAAAAAAGGCCAAGACACCCACUCAGGUACUGCGUGUCUUGUGGAACUUGUCAAGAACACUGAUACAAACUCUGUCCCUCCCACAGGUCACUCCCCUCCGUGUCGUUCAAAUCGUAGAUCCAGAUUGCGGAACAGGGUUAGUUCUCGAUCAAAUUUUUGGAGCGGUGAGGGAGAGCUUUCAGAAAUUAAGCCCAGAUGAAGUUCCUCUCAGUUGGUCCAAUGUGACAUGUUACGCCCAUGAAAACCAGACGAAGUAUUCAUCACUGGAGCACAUCGAUCGCACGAAAUCAAUAGCCUUUACUUAUAAGAAUGAAUUUCUCCUAAAGAAGCUAGGGCCUACCCGCCAGCUAGAAGAUCGGUUCAUUGAAAUCCGAUUUAUUUUCACAAAGGGCGAAAGGAAUCAGCGCGCAAACGACAAUGAUGAAUUGGAAUCACACCAACUCCAAUCUAGGCUGUCCCUUGUCUCGAAGAGAAAGCGGCUCGAAUCUUCCAGCGUCUCUACCACGUACAACAGUGCAGCGCUGAGUGGUUUAACCAAAAGUUCAGCAGCUCCCCGAUAUGAAGUACUCAAAAGUGCUUACAGGCCACCAGUGCGGCCAGUGGCCGCAAAGUUUAACUGGUCACGAGACGUUGAGAUGGUAAUUUGCAACUUUACCAGAACGACUGCCCGAUAUAUUCAGGAAGGGCCAGACAGUGGUCAAGUCGUGAUGGAAGCCUCGAGAAAGCGAGAAGUAAUCGAGGUUGCCGAAACGUCUCUAUCUGAGGAAGGUGGGGCUGGGUUCAUCGGAAAUGGCUCAACAAAACGGGGUAUAUAUGCCAGGUUCGAGGGACAGGAGUAUGUUAUAACAGUACCAAUCGACCUUCAGAUGUCCCACUGCGAUGUCCAGGACAUUCUUGAAGCCGAGUUUAAACUUCUGUGUCUUGGUGAUUCCUUCAAAAUUGCGUUCGAUGCUCAUGCAUCGAACAAGGGUGUGGUGACAAUUCCCAAGUUUUAUUUCAAUUUCAAAGGUGCGAUUCUAGGUCAGAUUAUCCCAUCACCAACUUCGAACAGCCGCCCACUUCCCUAUCUCAACUUUUUGGCCACGCCUCUUCUUCCAUGUGGACCCGUUGAUGCACCUGUGAAAAAGUUUACUGGAAAUGGAAGCAUUGGGGAUGCGGAUGACCAUAUCACUCGUGCAAUUCACGCCUUUGCUCACUUUUCCGUUCUAUAUUCUCAGGAAAACCUUCUGUUCUGCGACCUUCAAGGGGCUCUCGAUAUCAAAGGCCACAUGUGCCUCAUCGAUCCCCAAGCUCACACUUCGUCAGCUGCUACUGGUCCGAGGCAUUACUGGGACAGAGGACCGGUUGAGAUCGCAAACUUUCUAAAGCAACAUCAGCCUGCAUGCGGAAACAACUGGAUUUGCAACGCACUAAACCUCGACAACUUAGUUUUUGAGCCCAAUGAUGACAUCGCCCAGUCUGAGUCCCCACCAAAGAAACGGCUGGCUGCUAAACGAGGAAGCCUUUCGUUUAUCACCAACCCUGACACUUAA